AUGUCGCCACACACACGCGAUAAGGGGGCUGAAACUGCGCACUUCAUCUUUGGGCUUCCUGCAGAUCAGCCCUCUUCUGAAUACAUCACAGUUCACAUCAACUAUCUCCAAGCUCUGUAUUCGCUUGGAGCAUGCAGUGGCGGUAUAAUCCAGGUUCAUAGGACGACUUUGUCCAAAAGCAUUGUCGCUGGUGUAUUACAAGAUGCAUGCGCCCGCCACUCUCUACCGCAGCAUGAGGGCUUUCGAGAUGAGAUCACGCACUGCUCCGUCAUGGCCGACCUUGCUGGGACGAUCGUCACUUUCGUGGACAUCUCCAUAAGGCUGGUCAAGUUUAUUCACGAAACCAAGAAAGGCGCUGAUGCCGUCGACGAUGAUUGGCUUCAGCUCGGCCGCGAGAUGCAAAGAAAGGAGUUCAAGGAGAGUGGCAAAGCGAAAGAUAAUAAUACGACUACUCUCAAUUCAUUCGAUCAAAAUACAGCGAAGCUCUCCAAAGAGGGCGACUUUCUGGCAAACAACCGAUCCAAAGGAGUAUCAUAA